GCGGGCCCCUCUCCGCGCGUCCCGUCCCGGCCGCCGGGAUCCGGCCGCCGCGCUUCUCCGGCCGCGGGUGCCGGGGAGCGACCGGGCCGGGUGCGCCCCAGGGGCGCUGGCCGGGCUCGGGCCCCGGGCUCGGCGCGGCUCACGCCGGGGCCUCGCGCUCUCCGCGCCUUCCCAGGCCACGCUGGGGCCGCGUGGGAUUCCCAUUGGUUUUGUUCAGAAAGCAAACCCGGAAGCCAACUUCUCACGGACGCAACCUCCUGCCUGCACCCGGGCGCUUUUGUGGGAAGGAGACAGUUGGGGCCCCUUUCGCGGCGACCCUUCCCUCGGUGGUCGGGCAGACGGCUCGGCCUGCAGCGGCAGGAGGCCCCGCGGCACUGGCUGCUGGGCCUGGGCCUGGGCGCCUAGGAGCUGUUGUGCGCGGAGUUGGACUCGUUUUUUAAAGGUAACUCCGGAAGGCUGCAGGCUCCCUGGGUGGAGAAGGCCAGGAGGAAAAGAGACUCGCUGGGGGGUGGCGUGGCCAGUGUGCUGACUGAUCCAGCUCCAGGGCCACCGCCAUGUCGAGCCGGGGCGGGAAGAAGAAGUCUACCAAAACCUCCCGGUCCGCCAAGGCAGGAGUCAUCUUCCCUGUGGGGCGGAUGCUGCGGUACAUCAAGAAAGGGCACCCCAAGUACAGGAUUGGAGUGGGGGCGCCCGUGUACAUGGCCGCCGUCCUGGAGUACCUGACAGCGGAGAUUCUGGAGCUGGCUGGCAAUGCAGCGAGAGACAACAAGAAGGGGCGGGUCACUCCCCGGCACAUCCUUCUGGCCGUGGCCAACGAUGAGGAGCUGAAUCAGCUGCUAAAAGGAGUCACCAUAGCCAGUGGCGGGGUGUUGCCAAACAUCCACCCGGAGUUACUAGCAAAGAAACGAGGAUCCAAAGGGAAACUGGAAGCCAUCAUCACACCGCCCCCAGCCAAAAAGGCCAAGUCUCCAUCCCAGAAGAAGCCCGCAUCUAAGAAGACAGGAGGCAAGAAGGGGGCUCGGAAAUCCAAGAAGAAGCAGGGAGAAGUCAGCAAGGCAGCCAGUGCCGACAGCACGACCGAGGGCACGCCCGCCGACGGCUUCACAGUUCUCUCCACCAAGAGCCUCUUCCUCGGCCAGAAGCUGAACCUUAUUCACAGUGAAAUCAGUAAUUUAGCCGGCUUUGAGGUGGAGGCCAUAAUCAAUCCUACCAAUGCUGACAUUGACCUUAAAGAUGACCUAGGAAACACGCUGGAGAAGAAAGGUGGCAAGGAGUUUGUGGAAGCUGUUCUGGAGCUCCGGAAAAAGAACGGGCCUUUGGAAGUAGCUGGAGCUGCUGUCAGUGCAGGACACGGCCUGCCCGCCAAGUUUGUGAUCCACUGUAACAGUCCCGUCUGGGGUGCAGACAAGUGCGAGGAACUUCUGGAAAAGACAGUGAAGAACUGCUUGGCCCUGGCGGAUGAUAAGAAGCUGAAGUCCAUCGCGUUCCCAUCCAUUGGCAGUGGCAGGAACGGUUUUCCGAAGCAGACGGCAGCUCAGCUGAUCCUGAAGGCCAUCUCCAGUUACUUCGUGUCCACAAUGUCCUCUUCCAUCAAAACAGUGUACUUCGUGCUCUUUGACAGCGAGAGUAUAGGCAUCUACGUGCAGGAAAUGGCCAAGCUGGAUGCCAACUAGGCUGGGGAACGACAGGGCCAGCCCACCCCGUGCUCCCGGCCUCCAAUGUGAAAGAAAAGAAAAACCCCCUUCCCUUCACUCCAACUGGGAGGCGGGAACCCUUUCAUUUUCAGUUUGCUCAUCUAGGGAAAAUAAGGUUUUGAUUUCCAGUUUAAUUGUUUUCGACUUUCUAAAAUGUUUUUACGUUAGCACUGAUAGUUGGCAUUACUGUUGUUAAGCACUGUGUUCCAGACUGUGUCUGACUUUAGUGUAACCUAGGAGAUUUUAUAGUUUUAUUUUAAUGAAAUCCUGCUUGACGCAGAGCAGUGGGAGAGCAGCGUCUACUACGGGAGGCAGAACCCAGGAAGCCCGAGUCGUAACCGUGUGUCGUGGUGCUUUAUCGUACACCCCGUGGCGUUCUUUUUACUACGAUGCUCCUUUUUUUUUUUGUCCUUCAAGAAGAAGAAUCAUGAAUAUGCCGCAGACUUAAUUUUUGUUUACUUUUUGUCUUAACGAUGGAUUUGAAAAUGAAAGAUUUAAAAGACAAAACAAGAGUCUGUUGUCCUUAAUUAUAUUUGCAAUUUGGAAUUUGUGUGAAUUGAUUUAGUAAAAUGUUAAACUGUU